AUGUCAAUUUCGCAGGUCAGAGCGACGCCUUCAUAUCAGCCAUUCCAAUGUCUCGUCUGCCAAAGUCGAUUUACUCGACAUGAGAACCUCAAGCGACAUUCAACGCUACACUCCCGCUCUCAGGCUGAAGCGUCGCUUCCCUGUAACUUUUGCCACGCUACCUUCUCCCGUCCCGGCUUGCGCAAUCGCCACAUGAAGAGGAAACAUCCAGAGCACGAGCAGCACCGUGUGAUGAAAAGAACACAGUGCCAACCAGCACCCAGACGAGACAAGCUGGAUUCUUCUGUAUCGCCCACAGCGGUCUCGCCUACAGGAAGUCAUGGUGGCUUUCCUUAUCCCGGGUCGCUGCAUUUGAGCCCGGGAGAUGAGAUGAGGUUCGGUAGUGAUGCGAUCUGGCGCCCAGUGGUGCAAUAUAGCAGCAGCAGCAGUUUGACCUUACAACAGCAAUCGACAACGAACGAUUCUGUUCUCAUUGAUCAGAUUGCCCAGGACGCUUCAGAUCUGGAGCGGAACUUACUAUUAGGGACAUCCUUUCUGAGGCCCACCGAUCACCUUGACAACCAGCUACAUCCGAUACUGACCGCACAAGCCGAGCCAGUUGAUACAAGUCUAGCCGAGUACUGUUUCAAUACUCAAUUUUGGAUAGUCUCCCAUUUCCUCCCCUUUCUCCAUUCCUCGACUUUCGACCCAACACAAGCCGCUCCUCAUUUGGUCCUUAGUAUACUUUGCCUCGCCUAUCAAUAUGGCGAGGACCCAGAAUGCGGGGACCAAGAAGGCUCAGGCGAAAGCUUUUCUAUACGUUGCUUUCAUAAAGCUCGAGCUCUCCUUGCUUCUGAUGAAGAGAGGUCCGACGCUUCAACAAUGAUCACCACACUGGUCCAAUCAUACUUGCUUCUUCAAAUAUGUGCCAUGAUGUACCUUUGUGGCGACAGCUCAGCAUGCGGCCUCAAGAUGCACUCACAUAUGAUCUCUCUGGCUCGCGCUGGGCAAAUGAAGCAACCAAUGACUGUUGAAUCUGCUGCGACCGCAGAUUUGGAGUCAUUAUGGCGGGAAUUUGUCAAAGCGGAGUCGCACAAACGGACCCUUUUCGCAGUACAUCAGAUCGACGCGCUUUGGUACCAAUUCCUUUCCAUUCCCCGCUCAAUCUCACACUUGGAAAUUAAACAUAAUAUGCCCUGUCCAGAAGAAGAAUGGUCAUCAUCCUUUGCUGCUGAAUGCGACAACUUGUUGCAAGAAAUGCCGGCCCCUCAGUCACAUACACCGAUGCUGUUCGACGCUUCCUUUCCUCUGAUAAGGAUACCGUCUCCCUUCCGGCAUUUGACCCCGUACGGCGCCAUCAACAUUGCGCAAUUUCUUAUCUCUAGCACCCGGGAAAUCUCAGGCUGGGCUACAAUGACGAGAAUGCUCAGUAUGGAGCGAUUCGGCGCAUUAAGAUCAUCCCUCAUCGCACUUAGCCCAUUCAUCUGCCCCGGCGAUCACAUAACGCAAACAAAGCACGCGACGUCAUGUGCUGCAACUUGGGAGACUGCCAUGAUCGAGCUGCAGAUAUGGUCACCAUCUCAUACUGGCGGGAUUGUGGAAGGAAGCAUAGACGCCGUUCUCAGUCAUUCAACAUACAUAGGAUCGUCGCAGUUCCUGUGCGAUACCGACACGGCAAAGGCUAUCCCACCACAUGUCAACUGGUUCCUACGAUAUCUUGAUGAGACGCUCGUACUGGGCUCUGAAGCGCCAUGGGUUACUUUGUAUGCAUAUAAAGCCUUUUUGAUUGCCUGGCAGCUAAUACAUGUUGGCCUACCUGGCGCAAUGGACACCGUGGGCGUCCAUGAUGGUGAUGAGGAGGGAGCUCUGAUAUGGGCGAGAAAGGUCUUUCAGCGAAGACGGAAAUGGCAGCUUGGGAAACUGAUCUUGUCUUGUUUGGAUGAAUUAGAUAAAUGA